AUGAUAAGCCUCGAUAUCCUACACAAACCACGCAUAGAAGGAGGGAUCGGCCUUCUCGAUAUCGCCACAAGGAAUGAGGCGAUCGAACUCACGUGGAUCACAAAAUACCUUGACCUGUCGGAGACCAGGCCAAAGUGGGCAUAUGUCUUGGACGCUAUACUGAGCCACCACACUACAAAGGACGCAGGAGCAAUUAGGCCAGAGGCCCAGAUUAACAGCUUCCUCCAGAGCUGGAAGCCGGCAACAUCUGGAAGAUCAGGCCUGUCAACGCAGAUCAAGUCGGUGCUCAAAACCGCAAAGAAACACGACGUAAGCUUCGCAGCGAUCAGGCUGCACAGUGACCUCAAGAAACAACUUCCGGUCUGGUACCACCUCGGCGCAACAUCGGCUCUGAGGAGACUGAAUAACACAGGGUUAAGCGACUGCCUACGACUAACACACGGGGUAGUACGACUCACAGACGUAAUAAGACUACUCGACCACCGAAGGGCACCAAAUGACCCCGAGGGGGAACCAUGCAUGUGCGAUGACUGCAUGAACGCCAGGAUGAAUGGAUGCAGGGACCCCGAUGCCUGCCGGGCCGCGGGACGAAAGCUACUCGACCAAAUCCGUCCCAAGUGGCACCCGGACUUCACUGCCCCCUCGGACGGACUGUCCCUGACCCGUCGCCGUAAAGACCAGAACACAGCUGCCCUCCUGGCCGACGAUGACGUGGUCUUCGACCCAACAGUCACCUCGAGAGGCCAGGUCUCUGAAGCAUUCCGUGCCUUCGUACACCCACAGGUUCACGAUGCCCCACCCGCGAUCCGCGCCAGACCAGGUCGCCAGAUCGUCGAAGAAUCAACGACGGUUGUGAUCCUCAACACGAAGGAAAUCGCAUCCAAGUCGCAAAAAGCACGGAAGGUGAAUGUAGGCUUCGCCUAUUUCGGAGAAAGAGACCGACGAAACGCGCUAGUCGAACAAACAAUCAUAGAACGAUCCCCCGGUGAUGCCCUUGGAGGCAUAAUGGCGGCGCUGUACGCGGCAGAGACCGUGCCCUGGGACGCCCCGAUACACCUGGUC